CUUUUCGCCUGACCGACUUCAUUAAUGCGUAGAGGAAGGGGAGGAGGUGGACAGCUCUUCUUCUACGUCCCGAUGUGCUGAGAGCUGCUGUUUCACUUCACCACCGCCUCCGAGCAGCGCAGUCCUUCCCCCUCUCCUCUCGUGUGAUCCCGUGUGUUUUCUGGACGAAAACGGGUGCCAACAUUGAUUUUGUAUAUAUAUUUUUUUGAUAGUCGCUGUGUGUUUUUUGUUUCUUUUUGUAUUUCUCGUACCCGGGGAAAGAGAGAGAGGCACUCCAGGGCGGUGAAAAGAGCGACAAGUUUAAAACCCGCAGCGGAUCCUCCGGAGGUUUCACGACCCACACACACCUUCAGCUAUCAAGAGAUCUGUGUGUGUGUGAGCGAGAGAAGAGUUAUCAUCGACUUCAGUGAAGUUUUGUUCAAUCAAACACCGAGGGGGGACAACACAUCCGCCAUCCAGCAUCAUGACUCGGAGGUCCUGUGCCAUUUACGCCACCGGCAUCGUGUGCGCUCACCUCCUGAUCGUGGGGAUCGCCCUGGUCGUGGCUCAAGUCUUCCAAACAAUGAUCCACAGCCGGCUAAAAAAAGAAAUCACUCUGACAGAGAAGAGCCAAGUGUUUGAGGGAUGGAAGAAUCCACCUCCACCUGUUUAUAUGGAGUAUUACUUCUUCAACGUGACCAAUCCAGAGGUGUUCCUGGCAGGCGGGAAGGCAGCUGUUAAACAGGUCGGACCCUAUACUUACAGGGAAUACAGGCCACGGGAAAACGUGACUUUCUUGGAGAAUGGCACCAAGAUUUACGCCCUGAACCCCAAAACCUUCGUGUUUGUGCCCGAGAAGUCAGCCGGUGAUCCUGAGGUUGACAUCAUCAGGACUGUCAACAUCCCAUUUGUGGCGGUGAUGAACGAGCUGAACUCCUACUCCUUUUUCCUGCGAACUGUAGUGUCCAUGUACAUGAACAGCCUGGGCAUCGAGAUAUUCAUGAACCGAACCGUCCACGAGAUUCUGUGGGGCUUCAAAGACCCUCUUCUCACGAAGAUCCACAGCAUGAAGCCCGAAGUGGACGACCAUUUUGGACUGAUGUGGAAGAAAAAUGGCACCCAUGAAGGAGAGUUUGUGUUCCACACCGGCGAGGAGAACUACAUGGAUUUUGGCAAGAUUGACACGUGGAACGGCCUGAGGAAAAUGUCGUGGUGGUCUUCCAAUCAGAGCAACAUGAUCAACGGAACGGACGGCGCCGUCUUCCACCCUCUGAUAAGCAGGAACGAGCUGCUCUACAUCUUCGCUGCGGAUCUCUGCAGGUCUAUCCAUCUGGCCUAUGUGAAAGACGUGGAGGUCAAAGGCAUCCAGGCGUUCCGCUUCGCACCUCCCAGUGACGUCCUCAUGAGCCCCAAAGACAACCCCACUAAUGCGGGCUUCUGCGUGCCGGCUGGAGACUGUCUCGGCACCGGGGUGCUUAAAGUCAGCGUUUGUCGAGAAGGUGCUCCCAUCGUCGUGUCUUUCCCCCACUUUUAUCAAGCGGACCCGAAGUACAUCAACGCGGUCGAUGGGCUCAACCCCAACAAGGAGGAGCACGAGACGUACCUGGACCUGCAGCCGACCACAGGUGUUCCCAUCCGUGCCUGCAAGAGAGCUCAGCUCAAUAUCAUCCUGAAGAGAAUCCCAGGCUUCCCCAAAACCAAAUUAAUCAAUGAGACCAUUUUCCCCAUCAUGUUCGUCAACGAGACGGCGACUAUCGACGAUGAGUCAGCAUCCCAGAUGAGGACGAUGCUCUUGAUCGUGACCCUUGCGUCAAACUUCCCUCUGCUCAUCGUGGGCAUGGGUAUCAUCCUGCUGUUCGUGCUCGUCAUCUUGUUCUGCCGAAACCGCCAGAAGAAGAACGAAGUAAAACGUAUUGAUUUUACUGAAGCUUUUCAUUCUUUUACUACGGCGAAAGAUGACACGGCCUACACACAGGUCAGCGACAAACCCGACGAGCCGUCGGAAACACAGGCCACCCAGCCGAUGAGGAACGGCUCCUACAUUGCCAUGUCUCCAGUGGAGGCCCAGAAGUGUUGAUCGAGGAUCCCCUCCCCAAGUGUGGCGCUCAGGAAGGGGGGUUAAGGGAGCAGCACAUGGGUGUUACAUUACCACGGGUGGGGGUUUACACACAGAAUGGGCUCAUUUUCACUUUUUUGGGGGAUGGGGGGAUGGGGGGUUGGGGAGGAUGGGGAAAGGUGUGGGACACGAGCCCUGGUAUAGGUUUAGUCAACAAAGACAUUGCUCCUCUCACUGAGCCCUCUUAUGACUGUCUAUCCUCCUCUACUCUACCUGCUGAGCAUGGCCCUCACUGCCUGCCGUACUGCAACACAAACUCCCACACUCUAUUCCCCAUUUCCGUCCCGGUUGGCCCAAAAGAUGAAGGGACACUGAAUGGGCUCAGCCGGGACAAGCCUUUUUUUCCGUAAUUCUACUGAGGGAACGCGGUAGCAUAGGUGUCGCCGCUGUACGCGGAUGCAUGACGUUCGGAGCCAACUGUACCAAGUAACAUGGCUAAAAGAGAGUCUUUAGUAUUCACCUGAACAACAGGGAGUGUUGUCACCAUUGUAUUCUUGCUCUCUCCUCUCCAUCAGUGUUGCGUGAGGAGAACAUUUCAAGCCAACAAGUUUCAAAAAGCCCCCUAAUCCAUAGGACAAAACUCCCCAAGCUCCCGGGCUCGGAGGAUAAAAUGGUUUUGCUAACAAAACUGAACUCAGCAUAUCCUUUUUAUUAAAGACAAAAAAAAAUAAGAAAAAACGGACUGAGCCAAACUAUUUAUAGCAUUUUUUUGCCUUUUUUUCCUAAGAUGAAUUAGUGCACCUACACACCUACAGACGGCACUUCCAGUAUCAGUUAGUGAACAUGUGUGUGCACCUUUUGUCUUACACUUCAGUGUCCUGUUUUGAUGGACAAUGGGCAACUAUUUUUCUUGAUGCGGGCACAGCGUUGUGUGACACCUGGAGUGCUUGUGAUUUUGACCUUCCCCUCAUCGUUUUAGUCACCGUCACCCUUUUGUUUUGGUUGUUUUUUUUCCCCCCAGAACACUAGGUAAAAAAAAAAAAACUAUCCAGAGACCUCAGCUACAUUUCCAAGUCAUCAUUAGUGGAGGUGAUGACUCUAUAGCUGUGAAGUUGUUAGGAAUGCAAGUCAGUAGCUUGAAAAGUUGCACCUUUUUUUAGGCUUCAUCACGCAUUCAAAACAAAAAUGGAAAAAGAAAAAAACAACAAACACCAACAAUACUUACAAGGGAGACUUGAACCUGCUUUCUGCCUUACAACGGUUCAUUGUGUUCUUUAUGUUCAUACAUUGUUCAAAUAAGCUGGAAAUCUCUUUUUUUUGUCAUUAUUGUACAUAUUUAAAGGGGAAAUGUUGAGAUACCUCUGACCAAAAUCCAGCAAAGCAGUCCUCCUAGGUGUGCUGAAAGACACUAACUUUGCUCUGGUGUCGACCGCUCCUGCACGUCUACACUGUUACCUAUUAGAGAAAGCACAAUUUGGAUUGCUAAAACCAGUCCUCACACAAGGCUACCAGGUUUUUUUGUCCUGUUUUAUUAUUAUAUAUAUUUACAGCUGAUCUGUUAAAGACACUGACAAGUGCCGUGAAUAUUUGAACAAAAAAAAAAAAAAAACUAGAAAAAAGAAGUGGAAUCAUUGGGUUUUGAGGGAGCCCUGUCCGCCACUCGCUCGCCGCUGUGCAGUCAUUCAGUUUUGCCAAGGAGCUGUAGGCAUUCAGGCAAAAUCGCAGCACACAGCACUUGAAUCACUGUUUGUCUUAUGUUUUUUCGUGUGGUGUUUUCAUUUCUCUGUCCGCCACACACUGUCACGUCACAUCGUCAAAAAAACCCAGUGGUAGUCGCUAACGGGAUGUGAAUUUAAGGCCAUAACACUGUCAGCGUGGAAAAUUCCCUGCACUUUGCCUGGAAAUUGUGCCCUGUUUAUUGUCAUUGUUUUGUUUUGUUUUUUGUUGUUGUGGUUUUUUUUUUUGGUUUUUUUUUCUUGUCCUGUUCAUUUCAAUGCAGGUGGUCCAAAAGUUCAGAACAUUUCAAUGGUUUGUCCUCACUAGUAUUGGUUUCAUUAUGAAGGAUGUUGUUGAGAGGGAACAACAGACAUCCACAUCUCUGUGUUACUCGCUUUUCAGCACAUGGAGUGUCUUCUUUUGAUAUACUUUUGUAUUUGUUAUUGCUGCUAAAAAAAUGCCAUAACCUAUGGACUUGUACUUGUAUAUGUGGUAUUUACCAUAUUGUGCUCAUUUCAGGUUGGCACACAGUAGGCUCUCCUCUGUGUGUCGCCAAACCCUUUGUGACGCCUGAGCACAAGAUACAAAGCCCAAAGCUUGCUGCCAUUUACUGGAAUUAGCAGUUAUAGUUAUCACUAGCAACACUUUUGUAAAGUUAUCACAUUUAACCACUCUAUUAGCUGAAGAUCUGACCAUAUCGCAUGUACCGUUGGGUCUUAUUAUAGGAUUAGUGACAGUUCGCUGGAGGUGCACAAAAAGGGCGAGCCGCUUCAGCACCAUCUAAGAUUGGUGUCAGAAGUCUGAUACUGGGAUUAAUAUCACUGUGGUGGAGAGUAAAGUAGUUCUUUUUGUAAAAAAAAAAAAAAAAGUUAAAUCAAUUCACUAAAGGCCUUUUUAUUAUCACCUACAUGCAAGUGACCAACAUCUCAUUGCAAACUCCAUCCACCUUUUUAAAAGGAAAAAAAAUCAUGACUUGAACCUGAUAGACCUUAAUCCCAAGAGGUGAAGUGUGUCAGUUCAAACGCACACCUGAGCCAUCAUUCCUCCACCGUCUGACUUCUACUACACUGACCUUUGAGUCCAAUCAUUCAAGUCCAUUGGCUCGUCCCUGCUUGACCAAAGAUAACCUACAUAGAUCUGCCCCAGCGCCGUGUUUACUCUCCUCUGCGAUAACGGCCAUGCCGAAAAACCACCACCAACCUUUUUUUUUUUUUUUGGGAAUCGUGCCACCACUUACAUACAAGUAUUUGCAGCAAUGUUGUGUGAGCAUGAACGGAUGCGUGUAUGCACCUUUUUUACAUCAAGGCAAAACUAAAAGGAAAAAAAAAGACAAGAAAAUUCACAUGGUUUGAUUGGUAUUGCUUUUUUUGUCACCAAGAGCAAAUGGAAGUAAUCGAUGCUCUCUGCGAGCAGAUCUCAGUAUUAUGUAAAACAAAGCAAUACAUAACCGUAUGAAAUAAAUUGUGGAUGUUUUGUAAGGGGCCACACUAUAUUUAUGUAUCUUUUGUUUUCUUUUUUUCUUUAUUUUUGGUUUCACUUGUGUAGAAGUAUGUCCUUUAUUUUUCUGUAGUGUGAUUUAGUCAUUUUGUUUAACAAAAAAAAAAAAAGUUCAGCACAUUUCAUUUGGGAUCAUUUCAAUGAUUUUCACAUGGAAAAUACAAAAAAAAAAAUUAAAAAAGAAUUUAAAAAGUGUAGAAGAUGGACCAGUAUGCCACACUGGGAGCUGCCAGAACCCUGUAAAGUGUCUGUAAAGAGUGUUCAUGAGUGGUUUAAGAUUGUGUGUGUUGGACGAGUAUGAGAUCUUGUGUGAGAAAAUUUGUGUUUGUGGAGCCAGUGCACCAUUUCUGUCGAACUGGAGUGAUUUUUACUGGAAGGCUGAUUAUCUUGAUGACUGAGUAAAAUAAAGCAUUGAUGCUGUGUAACCUAUCUAGAAGAUGAAUGAAGCCCUCCUUCAGGGAUGAGCACUUGUGCCAUACCAUCCUUUUUGUUAUUUUCCCCCGCCCCCAUUAAUUUGCUCAAGUCACUAACAGACAUUUCCUGUUGAGAUAUACUAAUUUGUUUUGCUGCUGAAAAUGACAAUCCUGCUUGUCAUGCUAGGUGCAAAAUGAAUUCAAUGUAAUAUCUAUUUUUAGUUUUGAUAAUUUACACUGCACAGAUGUUUCUACAGUGCUUUUGUAAACAUUUCUAGUGUAUUUGCAAAAAAAUAAAAGUUGCAUUCAAGUGCAAAGUUCAA